UAGCAACUUGCUGCGGGGAAUCCAGACCCGGUGCUGCUAGCCGCGGUACCUGCUUCCCACCCUCCUCAGAGGAGUGCCCAAGGUGCAGCCCGCUCCCGUCGCCCCAUCACCCGGGGGCCCCAAGCCCGCGCGCCACCGGCUCCGCUGCCCGCACUCGCCUCGCGCGCUGCCCUGCACCGCUUCCGGACGCAAGGAUCGCCUGGCCAGCCCCGCUGCGCCCGGCUAGCCCUCGCUGCGGCAUGGAGCCCAACCUGUCUGGCAACGCGUGCUCCUCGGCACUGCGACCCGGGCCGGAGCCAGAGCUGGAGCCCGGGCAAGUGCUGCACCCCGGGCCGCACGCUGGCCACUUCUCGGUGCCCGAGGCCGCACUGCUGGCGGCGCUCAUGGCUCUGCUGGCGCUGGCCACGGUGCUGGGUAACGCGCUGGUCGUGGUGGCCUUCGCCGUGGAUCGCAGCCUGCGCUCCCGUGGCAACUUCUUCUUCCUCAACUUGGCAGUGGCCGAUCUGCUGGUGGGAGGCGUCUGCAUCCCACUGUACAUCCCCUAUGUCCUGACCGGGAAGUGGAAGUUGGGGAAGACGCUGUGUAAAGUGUGGCUGGUGACGGAUUACCUUGUGUGCACCGCCUCGGUCUUCAACAUCGUCCUCAUCAGCUAUGACAGGUUCCUGUCUGUCACCAAGGCGGUGACUUACAGGGCCCAGAAGGACAUGACCAGGAAUGCCAUCCUCAAGAUGGCACUGGUGUGGGUGGCAGCAUUCCUCCUCUACGGUCCCGCCAUCAUCAGCUGGGAGUACGUGGCCAAUAAAAGCAUCCUGCCCCGGGGACAGUGCUAUGCUGAGUUCUUCUACAACUGGUAUUUCCUGAUGACAGCCUCCACCAUUGAAUUCUUCACUCCCUUCAUCAGCGUCACCUACUUCAGCUUGAGUAUCUAUGCCAACAUCCGGAAGCGUGCCUCCCUGAAGAAGGACAACACCGCUCCCAGCCAAGACGGCUUGGAGGUGGACUUGAAGAGGAAACAAAACAAGCACAUCGUGUUUUUUAAGUCAGCUGAGAGGAAGAGCAGGAAGAGAGAAGAUCCAGACACCUCCCUUAGGCACCUGAGUCUUUGCUGGGACGUUUCUGGAGCUCAGAAUUUACCCCCUCCGCAGGUGGAUGGCAGAAUGAAAGCAACACAACCGCAACAGAACAACUACAGGGCCAGGGGGCGGGUCUGCAGUGUCCCAGGUGGGCUGGACCUCGCCAGCCGCCUGCGGCUCUCCCGAGACAAGCGAGUGGCUAAGUCACUGGCCAUCAUCGUGUGUGUGUUUGGCCUGUGCUGGGCUCCCUACACUUUGCUCACGAUCAUCCGAGCUGCCUGCCAUGGGACAUGCAUUCGGCACUCGCUCUAUGAAACAUCCUUCUGGCUCCUUUGGCUGAACUCGGCUAUCAACCCUGUCCUGUACCCACUGUGCCACAUGAGUUUCAGAAAAGCAUUCAUCAAACUGCUGUGCCCUGGAAAGGCCAAGAUUCACCCUCAUAUAUACAUGUGACAGAAGCGCCUCCUGUGCCAGAUCAUCUGAACCCCUCAUGCUCCAAGUCAGUCAAGGAAAGUAGGCCACUGCCACCCACUUCAUCUUGUCUUUGCCACAAGGAAACUUGCAGCCCAUGGCAAAAGUAAGUGGAGCGGGUUUCUAGCCAGCAGUUAGGACAGCGCA